UUAUCUUCUCAAAAUAAUUUAGGGUUUUAUUACAAAGACAGAUAUGGCAAGCUUUCUGUGAAGGAACGCCAAUCCUUUGAUUCCAUUAGAUGAAUAUAUGAAUAUUCGCUUGCUGUUAUUGAUUUUGUUUAUAUUGAAGGUCCAUGGUCUUGCUUCUGAAAUACCUGAAGAUCUAUACCACUUGAUCAAGAAGGCUAUCUCAAACAGGAAGCACUUGGAGAGGAAUAGGAAGGACAAGGACUCCAAAUUCAGGUUGAUUUUGGUAGAGAGCCGGAUCCACCGCCUUGCACGUUACUACAAGAAGAACUUCCACCCGUACGGAAAUAUUUCUAUAAAUAAUGACAGCAAAGAUCAAUCAGAUUUCUCAAUUGGACUUAAGAUGUAUAAUGAGGUGCAACGUUGCUUUCUCACAGUUGGCUUGGUGUAUCCAGAUGAUUUGUUUCUGUUUCUUGUAAAUAAAUGCAGGGUGAAGGAAGAAACAUUGACCUUUGGUGGACUUUGUGUUUUGAAGCAUCUUUUACCAAGGUUAUUUGAAGCUUGGCAUAGUAAAAUACCUCUACUUGUUGAAGCUGUAAAGUCCUUGCUAGAGGAGCCGAGUUUAGGUGUUCGAAAAGCACUUUCUGAGAUAAUCCAUUAUGAACCAUGUUCAUGUAAUUUACUUCUGAACUAACACAGUUUCUUACCCUUCACUUUCUUUUGGUUUUUCCUGCCUUCCUUCUUUUCUUGUAGUUAAUUGUGGUUAUGGCUUCACAUUGUUACUUGGUUGGUUCAUCUGGAGAGUUGUUCAUUGAGUAUCUUAUACGGCACUGUGCUUUAACUGACAAUAAUCGCGGUGAUCUUGACAUCCUGAAUAAGAGAGUGGAGGUAAAAUUUCUCCCCAAUCCUUGCUUCUCAAUAAACAAGUGCCACUUGUGUACAAUGAUAAGACCAUGAUUGAAACCAAAAUUUACUUUCUUAAAUGCCGUCUUAGCUUGGUGAUGAUCAUGCCAAAAACUUAUAUUGUUGUGUCAUGAUUCAAUUUAUAAAAGGAACUAUGCCACAAACAUAUAAUUAGAAAGGGUGAUGAGCAAGGCUCUAUAUAUAUAUAGGACCCACAUAAAUUACAUAACAUCGAACCUUUUUCAGAUAUGUUAAUCAUUCUGAAGACAAAAUAAAGAAACCUAAAUUACACUUAGCUUCUCUUUACCAACUUCACAUGGAUAACAUACCAGAAACAUAAAAAAAGAAUGUACUUCCCAUGCAUCUUUAUUAGUUCUUUAGUCUUUACCUUUUUUGGUCGGUAUUUAAUUUGGUAAUAAUGAAAAAAUUGUAUAUUGUGAUUUAAAUAAAAUCUCUCAUGCACUAUAUCUUACUCUGUUUAAAUAAAAAAGCCCAUAAUUACAUGAAAAUGAUUGAAAGGUAUAUGACAUAGAGAGAGCAUAACAUAAGGUAUUAAAGAAUUCAAGUAUGGAGACUUGAAAGUCUUAAUAGAUUGAAAAUAAGGUAUAUUAAUUUAUAAUUUAUUCUCUCUAACAUGAUCCCAAUUGCAAGAACCGUAAGGUCAUUCUUUAAAUUCUUUAAUUCUAUCAUGGGAAUGGUAGGCAUGUCAAUGAUUAUUUAUGAUUUAUGGAUAAUCAAAAUUUGGCUAGAAGAAAGAUAAGAUGUACCACCUACUUUUGAAUUUGUAUCUGAGACAUGGUUUGCUUAUACUUUAAUUUGCACUGGUGUUUUCAUGUGUGUGGUAACAUGUCUAGCACAUAUGGCAGCAGGUAGCAUGAAUGGUUAUUGUCUUUCAUGUUAUAUGGUGAGCAUGAUCAUGAUUCUUCUGCUGGAGGGUGUAGUAACAGCGGACAUUCUCUUCAAUUCUGAUUGGGAGAAGGACUUGCCUUAGGACCCAACUGAAAAAUUCAACAACUUCAAGGAUUUUGUGGGGUCAAAUUUUGAUGUUUGCAAAUGGAUAAGACUAGUGAUCAUCUCAGCAUAGGUGUAUGACAAACUUUUCAAACGUUAUGCUCAUACCUAAAGAAGGCUUUGAAUGCAAGUAUAAAUAGUGCAACUGUGGCUAGAGUUGAAAUGGCAGAUAUUACCACUACUGAUGAUGCAGUUAGGCCUGAUUGAUCUCUGCUAGAAGCAUCAUCACUGUUGCAGUGAUCAAGAGGGCUUCCACAAAGCUGUUGGUUCCCUUCGAAUGCCUCGUCCGGCCAAUGAGGGAAUUUCCUGUCCAAUUUUUCUUGAAGGUUAUUGUAGGAGAGAUCAAGCACUCCCAAGCUGCUCAUGUCACCAACUUGUGGAGGGACUUCUCCAGUGAGUUGAUUGUGAGAAAGAUCAAGUGCUUCUAAUUUCAACAGAUUCCCAAAAAAAGCUGGGAUUUCAGUUGAGAGAUUAUUGUAUCUGAGGUCUAAAUUGAUCUGGAGAUUUUGGAGUUUUUCAAUUUCUGUUUUAGUAUGGAAAAUAACACAGCUUUUAGUAUGGUUGAUAGUUUUAGUAUGGUUGAAUAAUACAUUGAGGAUUAUAGUUGAUGUAUCAAUAUAUUUUGUUUAUAUUUUGAAUUAUAUUGACUUGCUUGUUUAUUA